GUGCUUUUAUUUUUACGGGUGAAACAGGAAGUGUUGUUGCAGGAAGUGUCGUGACGUCCAGGUGUGUUUUAUUUAUCCGUCAUGGGGCAACACUACUCGCAGCCGGCCUGUCAGGCAGCGUAUCUCGGAGACGUCCACCAGCUUUACGAACACCUGAAAAACGACCCGACGCAGCUGAACGUUCAGGCUCCCAACGGGGACACGCCGCUCAUCGCCGCCUGUCGCCGUGGAAACCAGAACGUGGUCAAAUACCUGCUGGACAACAAGGCUGACGUCCACCUGACCAACAAGAAACAAAGGACGUGUCUUCACUACGUGUCCAAGACAUGUUUCUCUCUGUGGGAUUAUCUGUUGAUCGCCAUCCUGAUGCCCAUCCUGCUGCUCGGAUACUUCAUCAUGUUGCAGAAACAGAGACGUAACGUCACUCUGAUGGAGACUGUGCUGCGCAGCGAUGUCAACAUCAACGCCGUCGACUAUAAGGGGAACACCGCUCUUCACUACGUCUGUCAGAGGAAAAGUCAUCGUCUGGUUCCUCUGCUGCUGCAGAAAAACGCAGACACUAACAUCAAGAAUAAGGAUGGAGAAACUCCGCUGGACAUCGCCAGCAGGAAAAAGUUCAAGAAGAUCGUCGUCAUGCUGAGGAAGACGGGUUGACGGACGGAACGAAAAAACCUCUGAAGAACUACUAGAAUAUUAUUAAUGUACAUUGUUAUCGAGGAACGUUAAUGGAAAAGAAAGUCAAAACGACGACACCGCUUCCAGUCUGUUUGCUAACUGUUUUUAAGAGUAGUUUCAAUUACACCAGCUAGCUAUAAACAUAAUGCUAGCUGUGCUAAGCUAAACUCACCCUCUGAAUUUGUGUUUUUUACUGACUAAGACGGGAGACUGAAGUCCGACAGGACGUCUGUCACAGAGCACAAGUGUAAAAUGUUAAGGUAAACAACAAUGAUAUCGUUAGCCUAAAAGCAUAAUUGCUUAAGUAAUUUUUGACUUGCUGUUACAGUUUUUGUUAUAGUUACAGUGUUUGUUGUUUUUAUGUUUUUUUGAAAACCUUAAAAUAUGACUUAGGCAAUUAUGCUAUUAGACUAACGAUAUGUAUAAAUAGUAGAAUAUGUCUGUAGAUGUGAAACUAAUCAUCAAACAGUAUAUUUCAAAUUCACUUUUUUACCGAAGUACAAAAAAUGUUUUAUAAAACAUGUAAAUAAAACAUCUCGACAUGC